AAGAAGAACAAUUAGUAUACUUCAUAGGCUUAAGUAAUGAAGUAUCAGUAAACAAUAAGGUUUUUGAUACUUCACCUCAAAGAAUACACUGGGAAGUGGAGGAAAUAUUAAAACCCAAUUCAUCUGCCACAGCCUUAUAUGGAAUAUAUCCAUAUAAUACUAUACAGUUUUCAUCACAAGAUAUAAG